UGCCGCUAACUGGAAGUUGUCUCUCAACAGUCCGUCAGUUGAGCCGUGGUGCCGAUGCUGAGCGGAAAAGCGGCGAAAAGAUUUGUUAACUGGCAUCUCCAAAACCAACAGGUGUUCAUUUAAACCCGAGGAGUGCAGAACGACAAAACCCCCACCUAAGGGCUGAUGUUUGUGACGCUCUCCUGAAGUCUCUUAUUGUGGAUGUAGAACCGAGGGGUUUCCAUAGAGGAGAAAACACCACCAACAACAAAGUUUCCUGUCGGUGAGGCCCUGCGUAAUCUUAGGCAGCAGCGAUGUCGGGCGCCUACGAUGACUCCAUGACCGACCUCUCCAGCGAUAGCUUCUGGGAGGUCGGGAACUACAAACGCACAGUGAAGCGGGUAGAUGAUGGCAGUCGGCUGUGUAGCGACCUGAUGAACUGCAUUCAUGAACGUGCUCGUAUUGAAAAGGCCUACGCACUGCAGCUCACAGACUGGGGGAAGCGCUGGCGGCAACUUAUAGAGAAGGGCCCACAGUAUGGUACGUUGGAGCGAGCGUGGACCGCCCUGUGCACCGAGGCAGAGAAGGUCAGCGAGCUCCACCUGGAGGUGAAGGCGGCAUUAAUGAGCGAAGACUACGAGAAGCUUAAGAACUGGCAGAAGGACGCGUACCACAAACAGAUGAUCGGCGGCUUCAAAGAAACAAAAGAGACCGACGACGGCUUCCGCAAGGCCCAGAAGCCCUGGGCCAAGAAACUGAAAGAGGUAGAGACGAUGAAGAAAUCGUACCACUCAGCCUGCAAGGAAGAGAAGCUGGCAGCCAGCAGGGAAACCAACAGCAAACUGGAGAGCAACAACAAUCCAGAAACCCAGAAGAAACUCCAGGAAAAAGUGGAGAAAUGUCAGCAAGAGGUUGAGAAGACUAAAGAACGAUAUGUAAAAUCCCUGGAAGAGCUGGAAAAGCUGACCCCUCAGUAUAUGGAGAACAUGGAGCAGGUGUUUGAGCAGUCGCAGCAGUUCGAAGACAAACGGAUCCGCUUCUUUAAAGAGCUGCUUCUGGACGUCAAGAAGCACUUGGACCUCUCCAGCAACUCCAGAUUCCAGACGGUUUACCAGACGCUUGAGGACACGAUCUCUGGUACUGAUGCCGAGGACGACCUGAAAUGGUUCCGCUCCAAUUACGGGCCCGGCAUGCCGAUGAACUGGCCACAGUUUGAGACUUUGGACCGGUCACAACCUCCUCGCUCCUUUAAGAGAAGGUCCAUUUUAGACUGGUCCGUAGACCUGAACCGAACCCUCAGCAGACGAGAGAAGAAGAAACCGUCCGAAGGCGUUACACUGACAGCCAUCAGCCAGACUGGGUCGGACCAGCCUGUCCAGCCUGCCAAGUCCAGCAGCAGCCUGACUGUGCCCACCAAAACAGAACCGGUGGGUACAAAUCCGUUUGAAGAGGAUGAGGAGGAGGAGCAGGAGGAGGAGAUGGAGAUGGCUGAGGAGGAGCGCACCACAGUCAACCACGUCACUGUGAAAAAAGAGGAAAUAAAAACCGCCAACAGCUCAGAGAAGACCCCAGACUGGUCAGAUGAGGACACAGCCGGGAACCCUUUCGCCUCCAACGGCGAUGGCAAUCCGUUCGACGAAGAACCCGAGUCUCCGGUCGUUUCGGUUCCGGUCAAAGCCCUCUACGAUUAUGAAGGACAAGAGCAGGACGAGCUAAGCUUCAAAGCAGGCGAUGAAUUUACAAAGAUUGGAGAAGAGGAUGAUCAAGGAUGGUGCAAAGGCCGACUCAAGGACGGGAAAAUGGGUCUCUAUCCCGCCAACUAUGUCGAAGACAUCCAGUGAGGAGCUUGGCCCUGAUGCCACAAAUGUGAAGAAAGAAGAAGAGUUUAGUCAAGAUCAGCUUGAUUUUUCUCCUCCUCCGUCGUAGAUGAAUACGUUUAUAUUCGGAGCACUGUUGCUUUCUGCAGAUUUGCUUUGGCGUUUCCAAAAAUCACAUAAAAAGGAAGCUGACCACUUGUUACCAAAUAGAUCUGGGAUGAUCAUGGGGAACAGCCGCUGUCGGUCUAAGAUGUUACAUAAAAUCACAUUAAUGCUGUUACAGAAAAGCUAUUCAAAUGGAUGAGAUUCAAUGAAAUGUAUGUUAAUAGAUGUGUAAAUAUAUCUAUAUAUAUAUUGUUAAAACACUGGGAUGAUAACCUGCCUUGUGACGUCAAACGCAGCCUUAAUAUUUAAGCCCUCUUUUAAUUCAUUAAGGGAGACUUUUUAGUUAAUAUUUUGAAUAGAAUCCAGUCAAUCUAUGGAAUACAUUUCUUUGCAUAAUAUAGACCCCGUGUAUAAACUUUUGCUCUUGCAUUUUGUUAGUUUUUGCUUAUUAUAAGAAAUAAUUUUGAGCUAUUGCGCCUCAUCUUUUCAUCACCGCUCCUUUUUUUUUUUUGUUUUUUUUAAGGUGUCAGGUUAAUGCAGAUGAAUGUAUAUUCAGUGAUUGUAUUUUUCUCACAUAUUAACAGCUCAGUUUUCCAGAUGCUAGCUAUUUCCUGCCUCCUUUCCUUAAACGAUGGUUCUGACAGCAUACACCGAGAUUGCUUAGUUUUAUAGUUUAUUAUUCACGCAACGCUGAAUGUUUCUCUCACUCGAAUCUGCAUGUUUUAGUUCUUCUGCCCCAGGCCAAUAGUCCCUUGAUUGAGGAGGAAAUAAAAAAAAACAUAUUUUAGUGCUUGUUUUAGCAAUGAAAGCAAAUGCGAGUCAAGUGUUGUAGGCACGCAAAUGAAAAAAAUGCUGGGAUUAAGAAUAGUGCAGUAGAAUAGGCAAUGCGAAAAGAAAUGACGUGUCUGGAAAUAGAUUAAUUUAUGAGGCCACAAGUGCUUGUGUUCUACUCUUGUUAGAAUGCUGUAAUUUAAAAUACUUUUGUACAUCAAAUGAUUGUUUUAUGAGUAUUCCUUGAGGCUGUUAUAUUUGUAAAUAGGUUUGUUUUUUUCCUUCGAUAGCCAUUUGCAUCCUGAUACAUGAGCAAAUUCUAAUUUCCUCCUGAAAUAUAUAUUUUUAACAACCCUAAUCCACAUUUGGGUGUCUUUCUUCAGAAAUGGACUCCAUCCUGUAAAUAACGUCCAUACACCUGACAUUGAAUUGGACAACCUUUUUUUUUUUUUCUGUCUCUUUAAAACUGUAUUGAGACGUUUUCAGGGUGGGCUGCUGUCAGUUGGCAGCAACAGCUGUACUUGCACAUUCAAUAUUCGUAAAUGUUGUCACACAACAUAAUAAAUAGAUUUAUUCAGCAAAA